CGGGGAGCUCUCACAGGCCAGCUGUGUUUUGCUUUCGAAGGCGUUACUGCACCCGGGGCACCUUUGCCAUGCGGAGCAAGGGUUGCGCAGGCUCAUCCAGCCUGGCCGGCACAGGGCUGAUGCCCUCAGCUCCCGAGGGUGGUGACAGGGCAGCCCGAGGACAGAGCUGUGCCAGGGCAAUGGCGUAUGCCGGGCUCUGACAGCCUUCCCAGGCUGCAGCUGAGCGGGGAGGGUCGGACACACAGGAAGUUCAGGAUUUUAUAGCUUGUGGGCUUGGCUUUAAGGUCUGCUGGAGGGAUACCUGCUUGCACUUUGUCAUACUGUGCUGUGUCUAGGAUAGAGUGCAAAGCAGAGACUUUGCUGGGCAGAGCAAGCAGCCAGGUGCCUAUCAGCUCUUCUGCACUUGUGUUGUCUCCUGACUAAUCCGUGUGCUCCUGAAAUGGAGUAUGUCUGGUAUUGGCUUGAUGAUUCCAAUCAGUGGAUUGAGUAUGGGAAAGAGCACCCAGAUCAUGUCUCUGCCACUGUAACAUCUGCAUUUCUGGAGAAUGAAUAUCUAGCUGACAAGAAUGGUGUUAUUUUUUUCAGGGCUGGUUCUCAGCAGUAUAAGUUAGACUUUGCAGACAUGGUCCAAACAAAUGUGCUCUUUCAAACUCAAAGAAGAGUUAUUCGACUGCCUAAACAGUCUGAAGGUGGACAAGAUGGAAGCCAAAAUACAACUCUAUCACAUCCUGUCUAUCCUCCACACUGGGACCAAACUGCGCUACCUGAUAUCGGGUUCAAGUUGAUACAGCUCAGCUACGAUUCCCAAGAAUAUGGAAAAAUCAAGAGGCUGUUUGAGAAGACAAUGAAAAAUUACUGCAUCAACCAACUGCAGAGGAUCCAGAACCCAACUCUUUGGGACAUUUUUCAGUGGCAAAAAGAAAAGAUGAAGAAGCUCAAUAAAUUGAAAGGGGUGGACGAGCGCCUCCUGUUCCAUGGCACAAGUCCAUCCCAUGUGUCCGCCAUCUGUGAGCAGAACUUUGACUGGAGACUCUGUGGAGCUCAUGGGACAAUGUAUGGAAAAGGAAGCUACUUUGCCAGAGAUGCCAGCUAUUCCCAUGAGUACUGCUCCUCCCGCAGAGGGUGCUACAGCAUGUUCGUCGCUCAGGUUCUUGUUGGAGACUUUGUGAGGGGAAACCCCCAGUACUGUCGCCCUCCACCCAGAGCCAGCAAUUCAAACAGACUUUAUGACAGCUGUGUGGAUGACCUGACAGACCCUUCCAUCUUUGUCAUCUUUGAGAAGCAACAGAUUUACCCUGCCUAUAUCUUGGAGUACAGUCUCAACACCAGCUGUGUGGUCUUGUAAUGAAUGGUGGAAUCUCCUUUGAAUUUACACUGAAUAAAUUACUUUUCAGUACA